AUGCCGUGUGGACUCGGAGGAAACAAGACCACCAAGCGGAAACUGGUGCUAUUCACCUCCUGCACUUGUCUGGAAACACACACAGGCGCCGUAUGGCAUGAGCGGCAUGAGCUAUCGGAAAGUGUCAGAAGGAAUGGGGCGGAUAGAUGGCUGACGAAAUAUGAUAGAGGAGAUGGUGCUUGCGGGAAGACGAGUUUAUUGAACGUGUUUACAAGAGGUCCGGUACCAGACAUCUUUGUCGAUAGCGUUCACAUCGAGCUCUCACUCUGGGACACAGCCGGACAAGAAGAAUUCGAUCGAUUACGCUCCCUCUCCUACGACGACACUCACGCCAUCAUGCUUUGCUUUUCCGUCGACUCAAAAGACUCGCUCGAAAACGUCGAAUCGAAAUGGACCGCCGAGAUAGCGGAUAACUGCCAGGGUGUCAAAAUCGUACUUGUAGCACUAAAAUGCGAUCUGCGCGAACAAGAUAACGAAGACGAAGACAGUGCCGAAACCACGAACGGCGCGCAGCAGGAGAAGAAACCGACGAUCAGUUACAACCAGGGAUUGGAGGUUGCGCGGAGAAUUGGUGCCUUGAGGUAUCUGGAAUGCUCGGCGAUGCGAAAUCGGGGUGUCAAUGAGGCGUUUACGGAAGCUGCGAGGGUUGCACUCAGUGUGAAGCUGGCUGGGGAAAAGGGCAAUUCCAAGUGCUCCGUUAUGUGA